UACAAGUAAAUUACUCGCUUAAAUCGGCGUGCGUGCGUGCACACUUGACUCUCGGCAACGUAGCUGCUGGAUCACAUGCUCCCAUGCUCGUGUCGGAGCCACUCAUGCAUGUCUCGUCCUAACUAGCAAUCCGUCCAGCGUAGUAGUACCACUACUACACGUGAGUCGAGUGUGAUACUCGUACUGUUCCCCGGGCAUUUCACACGCACGCACGAACGCAGCCGCGACUGUAGAGCGCGUAGCGGCUGCCGCCCACGCCCACGCCCUCUGCGCCUGCGAUGCUGACUUUCGCCCCAAGGACGACCAAAGUGUGCCGUGGACGCCUCCGUUCCCAUCACCGAAAAGAAAAGAAAAGAAAAUUGUGCGUCUGUCAGUCAGCGCACUCAGCGCUCAGCAGGCCCGCUCGCCACUGGUGUGCGUGGAAAGCCAGAGCCAGCCCGCCGUCUAAAGCGAGAACAUUCACAAGGACGAGACGAGACGAGACGACCGACCAAGCUGCUCUGCCUCGCUUUCUUCUUUCUUGCUCCACUCCACUUCACUUGCCCACUCCAGCUCCAGCUCCAGCUCCAUUCAGAUUCAGCUAGCCGCUAGCUAGCUCCCCCUGCACAGAGUUUGUACGAUGCGCACCACAGCGCGCGCACUGCCGCGCUGCCUCCUCCCCCUCCUCUUCGCCGGCUUCUUCUUCCUGCUACGCUCCCCGUUACCCGUCCUCGCCGCUGGGGACGUCGCCCUCGUCAUCGACAAGCUGAAGCCGGCGCUGCAGGGCGCGGCGGCCGCCAACGCGCAGCUCGCCACCUGGAACGCCUCCACGCCGCUCUGCCUCUGGCGCGGCCUCCGCUGGGCCACGCCCGCGGGCCGGCCGCUCCGCUGCGACGCCCCCGGCGCGCGGGCCAACCUCUCGCUCGCCGGGGACGCCGCUCUGCUCCUCACCUCCAUUCGCCUCCCCGCCGCCGCGCUCGCCGGCCGCCUCCCGCAGGAGCUCGGCGCCUUCGCGGCACUCGAGACCGUCUACCUCGCCGCCAACUCGCUCUCCGGCGCCAUCCCGCUCGAGCUCGGCAACGCGCCCGCGCUGGCCGAGCUCGACCUCGCCGGCAACGCCCUCUCCGGCGCGCUCCCGCCCUCCAUCUGGAACCUCUGCGACCGCCUCGCCGAGCUCCGCCUCCAUGGUAACGCUCUCACCGGAGCGAUUCCCGCGCCGGCGGGGCCUAACGAUACGUGCGACCGUCUCCGGAUUCUUGACCUCGGCGCCAACCGCUUCUCCGGCGACUUCCCGGCGUUCCUGACGGGCUUCCGUGGCCUCCAGCGCCUCGACCUCGGCGGCAACCGCCUCGAGGGACCCAUACCGGAGUCCCUCGCCGCGAUGAGAGGCCUCCAGAUGCUCAACCUCUCGUACAACAACUUCUCCGGUCAGACGCCCCCGGGCUUCGCGGCCUCGAGCUUCACCGCGGAGUCGUUCCUCGGAAACAGCCCGGCACUGUGCGGCCCGCCGUUACAGCAGCCGUGCGUGUCCCCUUCGGGCCUCAGCUCCGGCAGCGUCGCGGGGAUGGUCAUCGGCCUGAUGGCCGGCGCCGUCGUGCUGGCGUCGGUGUGCAUCGGGUGGGCGCAGGGGAGGUGGAGGAGGAACAGGGUGAGGCGAGCGGCGGAGGAGGGGGUGGAGACGGAGGAAGGCGGCGAGGGGAAGCUGGUGGUGUUCCAGGGCGGGGAGCACCUCACGCUGGAGGAGGUGCUGAAUGCGACGGGGCAGGUGGUGGAGAAAGCGAACUAUUGCACGGUGUACAAGGCGAAGCUGGCGGACGCCGGCGGCAGCAUCGAGCUCCGGCUGCUGCGCGAGGGGAGCUGCAAGGACGCGGCGUCGUGCGGGCCGGCCGUGCGGCGCAUCGGGCGCGCGCGGCACGAGAACCUGGUGCCGCUCCGGGCAUUCUACCAGGGCCGGCGCGGCGAGAAGCUUCUCGUCUACGAUUACUUCCCGCACCGGACGCUCCAUGACCUCCUCCACGGCGGCGGUCUUGAGAGCAGGCCGGCGCUGACUUGGCCGCGGCGGCACAAGAUCGCGCUGGGCGCGGCGCGCGCGCUGGCGUACCUGCACGAGAGCCGACACGGGGACGCGCCGGUGGUGCACGGCAACGUGCGGUCGUCGAACGUGCUGGUGGACGAGUACUUCGUGGCGAGGGUGACCGAGUACGCGGUGGUGGGCAGGCUGCUGGUGCCGUCGGCGGCGGAGGCCGUGCUGUCGGCGGCGAGGGCGGACGGGUACUGCGCGCCGGAGCUGCAGACGAUGAAGCGGUGCGCGCCCCGGACGGACGUGUACGCGUUCGGGAUACUGCUGCUGGAGCUGCUGAUGGGGAGGAAGCCCUCCCCGGCGGCGAACGGGGGCGACGGCCUGCCGGCGCUGGUGAAGGCGGCGGUGCUGGAGGAGACGGCCGUGGAGGUGUUCGACCCGGAGGUGGCGAAGGGCGUGCGGAGCCCCGCGGAGGAGGGCCUGGUGCAGGCGCUGAAGCUGGCGAUGGGCUGCUGCGCGCCGGUGGCGGCGGCGAGGCCGAGCAUGGCGGAGGUGGCGCGGCAGCUCGAGGAGAGCCGGCCCAAGGCCAGCCGGUCGGCGCUGUACAGCCCCGCCGAGACGAGGAGCGAGGCCGGCACGCCGACGACCGCUGCGUAGCUGUAUGGCUAGCUUUUACGAUGCCCGGUGAAUUGUCCAUGAUGCAUGCUGGUCGAUCGCCAUGCCGACAACAUUGAUGGGUUUGUUUCUGCUUUGAUGGAUCAGUCAGGAAUCCUAGGUGUUCCUACUUCAAGAUGUGUAGGAGUACAACUCACAAUUAAUUAGAGAGAGAAAUGCCGUGGCGUGGUUA